AUGGGCAAGAACACAUUAGACGACCGGCCCGCCUACCUGACCUCCGACAAUGCCAAGUACUCGCUCGGGGUGCAUCGCGGCCCCUUGCCCACCGGCGGCGAUGAGACCUCCAAGCUCGAACAGGUCGAGUCGGUCGGUGGCAUCUCGCUGGCGAUGACCCACCGCACGCGCAAACAGAAGAUGGCCCGCCAUUGGAAGCGGUUCUGGUGCUGUUACUUGGUCGGCAAUAUUAUCUUCCUGGCCAUCCUUUUGCCCAUCUUCUUCCUCGUCGUUCUCCCCGCUGUCUCUCAAUUGGUCGUCAACAAGUCCGACCUGGUCCUCGUCAAUGCCGCGGUCAUGCAGCCUCGGCCGGAUUCCAUUCAGCUGACGCUGCAAUCCGCAUUGGACCUGAAGAUCGCCUUGCCCGUGCGCAUUGACCCGAUCGUGUUGAACCUAUUCAACCGCGACACUGGCGCCGACAACCCCUGGGGCAAUAUCACCAUCGAGGGCAAGACCAUCAAGGGCAACACCACCCUUGGAGUUGUCGGUCAACACACCCCGCUCUCCAAUGUCACCGUUUGGACCAACUAUGUGCAUGACGUUGUGUUCCAAAAGCAGUCUGCGCUGUCACUCCAUGGCUCGACCAAUUCCUACCUCGGAAAGCUCAAGUCUCAUGUGACUAUGAACAAGAACGUGCUCUCGCCGACACUCGACUCGUUCACUGGUUUCAGCAUCUCCGACAGCACACUUCUCCUCCCCGCCCGCUCAGACGGCACCAACCUCAUCGGCAAUGCCACCCUUCCCAACCCCUCCGUGCUGACCAUCGAGAUUGGCACAAUCAUCCUCGACAUCUACAGCGGCAGCCUCCUCAUCGGUAACGCCACUGUGGAAGAUCUCACCCUCAAGCCCGGCAACCACACCAACCCCAUCAAGGGUGUGCUGGACCUCAAGACCAUCAUCAGCAACCUGGGCGAGGUGCUCAAGUCGCAAGCCUCCGCUCUCAAGACCGGCAACCUGGCCCUCUCCACUGUCACACGGUCCGUAGUCUGGAACGGCACCGAAGUCCCCUACUACACCCAGGUCAUGCACGAUCUCACCCUCACCGCGAACGUGGGCUUGGUCUCGACCCUCAAGAACACCCUUCACAGCCUCCUGCAUCCCGAUGGUAGCAGCGGUACCAGCACCGGCAACUUGACCUCCCUCAUCUCCAGCUUGAAUCUCACCUCGGCCGUUGACGAGGCCAAGGCCACUCUCAACUCGACCGAUAGCAAUGCGGUAUCAUCCGCGCUGAAGCGCAACGUGCAUCUCCUGGAUGUGUUCAAGGAUGAGCACCCCGUCAAGCGAGACGCGAUAAUCGAUUCGCUGGCACAUCUCUAUACAAAGGAAUGA